AUGCCGCCAAUUCCAAUCUACUCCAAGAGCCCCAUCAACGCAAGCAAGGCGUCUGGCGUGACUCCCCAGACCGUGGCCCCUUCGGACGACAGCAAGGAAAAGCAGUCUCAAGGGCCUGCCGCCUCGGCGACUACAAACUACAUCCCGACCAAGACGGCAGCCUACGCAGCACCGCAGCCGGGAGCUACGCCUACCAUCCCGACUGCUACUGCCCCUAGCGGGUCCAACCCUUACGCGCCGGCACCAACAGCAGGGUUGGGCGGCUCGGCAUCGCCACCGCAACCUCAACCCGGCGCCGUACCGGCCCCACCUGGAGGGAUCGCCGCGAGCGUCACCGGCACGGGACUGCCUCCACCUCCCAAGGCCGGCGAGACCUACCAGCCACCAGCUCCGGCGCCAGCGACCACAGCCGCGCCACAGUACCCUCCGCCACAGAUGUUCAUGGCGGCGCCGACCGCCCCCUACCCGCAGCAACAGCGCGGAACUUCUACUACGGCCGGGCCGCCACCGGCAUUUGGCGCGCCCGCAACGCAGCUGCCGGGCGCGUCGGUGGAUAUCUUCUCGCAUCCAGCGGGCUACCAACAAAACGCAAAUGCGUCAUCGUAUGCUGGGCAAUCUCGAUCGGACAACUAUGGCGGUGGCCUCGGCGGCACUAGCCACGACGACCAGGGUGAAGGGGUGUGGGAUUCGGCCAAAAAGUACAUGGCUGCGGCGGGCACCAAGUUGUCCGAGGCUGAGAGUGAAGUCUGGAAGCGUAUCAACAAGAAUCAGUAA